GAGUUUUCUUGGAUCCUCACCGUCCAUUCGAGCUCAUCACCGACGCUAGCGAUUUGGCCGUUGGCGCAGCCCUGUUACAAGACUUCAGCGAAGGCCUACAACCGAUCGCCUACGAGUCACGAAAGCAGAACCCGGCCGAGCGAAAUUAUCAUGUCCACGACAAGGAGUUACUCGCCAUCGUUCACGCUUUCAGGGUCUGGCGCUGCUACCUGGUAUUUGGGUUCCUGCCUACUGUACGAGAACUACUGAUCCAGGAGGCACAUGACUCGAAUUUAUCGGGUCACUACGGCAUUGACAAAACCGCCAAAUUACUGAGCCGUAAUUAUUACUGGCCUGACCUACCGACAGAUGUGCAGCAGUACGUCACCUCCUGCGCCACGUGUCAACGCAUGAAGUCUUCCCGACUUCGACGUGCUGGAUUGCUGCAGCCACUCGAGCCACCCAGCCGACCCUGGCAACAAGUGACGAUGGAUUUCGUCACUGGCCUGCCAGCUGGUCCGAACGGUAAUGACGCAAUUCUCGUCGUCGUUGACCGGUUGUCCAAGAUGGCCCACUUCGCCGUCUGCAAGACGACCAUUACUGCCAAGCAGACAGCGAAACUGUUUCUCACGAACAUCGUGACGAACAUCGUGCGGCUAAACGGCAUCCCCUUGGCAAUCAUCAGCGAUCGUGACCCAUGGUUCACAUCCAACUUCUGGACAAAAACCUUGCAGCAGUACGGCACACGUCUGCAUCUAUCUACGGCGUACCACCCACAAUCGGACGGCCAGACUGAGCGCAUCAAUCAGACGAUGGAGCCGCUGAUUCGCACGACAUGCACAGACCCGGCCCAAUGGGAGGACGCCCUUCCCUUGAUCGAGUUUGCGUACAAUAACGCCCCAUCGGCCACGACUACUCAAUCCGCGUUCUUCCUUAAUUACGGGAUAGAUCCGACAACCCCUCUAUCGCCCCCGAUAUAGAACCUGACACCAAGAUCUCUGCAGUUCG